AUGUCAUGGAGCUUGUUUGAUAAAAUAUUACAAAGUUAUGAAAGAAGUAUUCCAGAAUAUUUCCAAUGGUAUUAUUUGUAUCAUUACCAUAAAGAAAUGGUAGAAGAAGAAUGGUAUGAAACUACUAGAAUGGUUCCAAAACACACCGAAAAAGAAAACGUAGAAAAAGUUUACUCACAUACACACCCUUUUAUAAGACAUUUUAUCAGACAAUCCAUUAAAGGAGGAAGAGUUUCUGCUAACAGAAAAUCAUUUGAAACGAAUAAAAUGGAUGAAAUUUUUAAUGUAUUAAAUGAGUUUAGUGAAACACAAAGUGAUAAUAUAAUUGAUUCAUUUAAAGAAUAUAGUAAAAGUAAAAAGAUAAAAUUACUUUUACGAACAAAGAAGGUACAAACUGGCACUAAAAUCAGGUUCAGAAAUGGUUUCUGUCACAAGGUUUUAACAUCGGUCGAUAUUCAAGAAAUAGUUAAAGCUGGUGGACGAAUUAUUAGAAUAUUAGAUGGUAUAGUAUACGAAGAAAAUUUUAAAACUCCACCCUAUAGAGAUUAUAUUUUAAUUUUGAGAGAUCUAAGAAAUAAAUAUAAACAAGAAGGUAAUAUCGUAGGUAGUAAUUGCAUGAAAUUAUUAGGUAAUUCUUUGUAUGGUAAAUCUAUUCAGAAGGAUAUAACUACAUCGAGACAUUUAUGGAGUGAAGCGACUUUAAAAGCCAACUUCGAUUCACACGUCAAAAGCUAUCCUAAAGUAAAUGAGACUCAAUAUAUCGUUCAGAUAAAUGAUGAAGAAAAAGAAUUUGACUGUAUACCUCCUAAAUCUACACGACUAACACCUAGUCAUUUGGGGUCAUUCGUAUUAUCUCACAGUAAAAAAAUUUUAUUCACGUAA